GACUGUUAUCACGCUUUGAACCCGUGAUCUACACAUUGAAGGGGCAAUUCUGCAGAUGGUCCUUACAUACUGAGAAAAUUUGAAUGCUCACUUCUUGUCGUAUCAUACAUAUGUUAGACUAGUAUAGUAUGUGAAAUUUUUUGGGAUUACCCUUAUAUUGAGUCACUUUCUACCAAAACAGAGAGGGAAAAAAGAAAGAAAGAAACAAACAAACAAAAAAAAAGGUAACAAACCACUGUUUGUUUUUUCUCCUUCUCUCUUGUCAAAAGUAGCUUCUACUAAAUCACUUAAAAACCAGAUGUGACAAGCAACAUUCAAAAUCCAACUUGGGAAUACAGUAUCAAAAGAGGCAACACAACAUAUAAGAGGGAUAUGGAGUUUUAACUAUGCUAUAUGUUAUUCGACGAUUGAGAAAUAUUUACAAUUCUAUUAAAUAUUAAUAUUUAUACACAUUUGCAUAUUUCCAGUAUGAAUUCUUUUGAUAAUUCUCCAAUUAAAGUGUGCAUCUUUCACAGGAUUAAAAGGAAAUGAUAAGGAUUAAGGUGAAUACUUAACGGUACCGAGCAAUUAAAUACGAUAGUUUCAUUAUUCUCAUUUUUUACCCAUAUUAAAAUGAUUUGUAAUCAUAUAAAUAUCUGAAUUUUAUUUUACCCACCCUCUUUCAAAAGUUAUGUUAUUUUAUUAAAAUUUUAUGUCAAGUCAAAUAGAGAGGAAAUGUGUAUUAGUUAAAUCAUUUUAACAUAAAAUUUUGAUAAAGUUUAAUUAUAAAAAAUUUUAAUUUUAAAUAUAUUGAGAUAAAUAAUCAGCUUUCGAUACAUCCAUAAAAAUACAUACUUAAUUGAAAUUUUUAUAUUUACUUUAUAAAAGUAAAAAUAUGAAUAUGUAAAUAUGAUAAGUUAACAUGUAUGUUUGCAUUAACGUUAUUUGCCCUUAAAUAAAUAUAGACAAGUCAAUUGUGACCAUGAUGCAUCAUAUAUUAGUUUUGGCCAAAGAGUGAAACGUGUAAUAAUUAAGUAAAGAUUUACGAAAAUCCAAAAGGUAUAUAAAGCAGAAACCGCUUUAGAGUUGCCACAUUAUGCUCCACUUUUACCUCCAAAACAGAGAAGAACAAAAUCGAUGGCUGACAGUGCUUGUCCUAUAAAAUGGCUUCCUCUUGAAGCUAACCCCGAUGUAAUGAAUCAGUUCCUUUGGGGUCUUGGUGUUCCACCGGAUGAGGCAGAGUGCUAUGAUGUUUAUGGGUUGGAUGAAGAACUUUUGGAAAUGGUGCCCAAGCCGGUCCUUGCUGUGUUGUUUCUCUAUCCUCUCACAUCACAGAGUGAAGCAGAGAGAGCACAGCAAGACAGCCAAACAAAGGUGCAGGACCCCUCUAUUACAGUUUUCUUCAUGAAACAAACAGUGGGAAAUGCAUGUGGAACAAUUGGCCUACUUCAUGCUAUUGGGAAUGUUACCUCAGAGAUAAAACUUGAUGAGGGCUCAUUCUUGGACAAGUUCUUUAAAUCAACUGCACAUAUGGACCCGAUGGAGCGUGCUUCAUUCCUUCAAACUGAUAGAGAAAUGGAAGUUGCACAUUCAGUAGCAGCUACUGCUGGUGACACUGAGGCUCCAGUAAAUGUGGACACCCAUUUCAUCUGCUUCACAUUUGUUGAUGGACAACUCUAUGAACUUGAUGGAAGGAAGUCCGGACCAAUUUCUCAUGGUGCAUCUACUCCAAGCAGCCUGUUACAGGAUGCUGCUAAAGUUAUACAAAAGAUGAUGCAAAAAAAUCCAGACUCAAUGAACUUCAACGCCAUCGCCAUUUCAAAGAGAGCGGAAGGCGAUGAUGCUCCAUGAGCGCAGAGUUCUAUUGCCUGUGAUCCCUUUGGCCUUUGCUCGCGCUUUCUAAUGUACAAAGAGCUAAAGAUGGACUUGUGCUAUCACACGUUUCGACACAGAACCAUUGCUGCCGCAUACCUUGACUGUGAUCUCCUGUUGUAUAAAACCAUAGAUUGACAAAUAGUUGAUACAGAUGUCCAUUUCCUGUUUGUAGCUCCAAUGUUCAAUCAAGUUUGGCUUAGAAA